AUGCGAGGCAACAUUGUGGCCUGCAGAUACAGGUUCCCGACUAGGCUUUUCACCCGCGAGUCUCAUCGCGACCUCGUCGAGACGUUCGAACGAGCAGUCGCCCGCGUCGUGCUCAGGCACCCGCACUUACACGUCGGCAUCGCGGGCGGGAGCACCGCCAGGCCCUACUGGGUCCGACUGGACAACGUCAAGCUUGACAAGCACAUCGACUGGCAGCUGGUGGAGGGAGAGGCCGAUGAGCAUCUCCGCGAGGCCUUUGUGCGUGCCGCGUACGAGCAGCUGGACACCAAGUUCUCGGACCACGAAACGACGCCGGGAUGGAGACUCGUGGUGCUCCGUCAGGCGGGCGCCAAUACCAUCGAGGUGCUCCUUGUCUUCGACCAUACCAUCCUGGACGGCGGCAGCGCAAAAACAUUCCAUAAGGAGCUGCUCCAGAGCCUGCAGGACGACGCCCGGCCGACCGAUGACCAGGACACCGGGCUCAAAGACCACGUCUUGAUCCUGCCGGGGGACUCAACGGCGACGCUCAGCCCGCCCCCAGAAGACGUCGUCCGGUUUCCGGUCACGGCCGACCCGGCGGCGGCGGAUGAAACCGCUGUUGGUCACGCGAGGAACCCAGCGGACGCACACUGGGCCCCGAUAGCGACGGCGCCGUUCAAGUCGCAGUUCCGCACCAUCGCCGUCCCCCUGACGCUGCUCUCACAACUUGUGCAGGCCUGCCGCCAGCACCAGGCCACGCUCACGGGCCUCUUACACGCGCUCGCCCUGGUCUCGCUGGCGCCCCUCCUAGGGCCGGCCGACUCAUCGGCCUUCACGUCCAUGACGGCCAUGGACCUGCGGCGCUUCCUCCCGCCCCACCAGUCCGAGCGCCCAUGGUUCAAGCCGGAUGAAGCCAUGUCCAACUACGUGACUAUCCUGAACCACGUCUUCGAUGAGGACCUGGUCGCCAAGGCCCGGUCCCGGGGGACGUCCUCCUCGUCUGCCGGUCUCGAGUCCGCGGGGAUAACAGACCUCGUGUGGUCGGCGGCGGGGAGGGUGCGUCGGGACAUCGCGGCCAAGCUGGAACAGGGCACCACCAACGACAUGAUCGGGUUCGCGCUGGCCGUGGACGACUGGCGGGCUUACCUGAUCGAAUCGACCCGGCGGCCGAGGCCUGCUUCGUGGGUAAUCACCAACCUCGGGGUUGUCGACAGCAGGCCCGUCAUGCCGUCAGGCUCUAACACGGGACCGGAGGCGUCCUGGUCCAUCACGCAGAGCGAGUGCGUGAUGUGUGCCAACGUGGUCUCUGCCGCGUUCGGCAUAUCAAUGACGGCGGUCAAAGGGGGGGACCUGAUCAUCAACGUCACCUGGCAGGACUGCGUCGUGGGCGCUGAGCUCGGCGAGGCCUUCGUGGCAAACCUGGAGAGGUGGCUGACGUCCGGUGAAGUGUUGGCUCUCAGACGUCUGGGAGCGGAGUGUGAGCAUCGGCUUUGA